UAAUAAGCAUUUAUAUGAUGUACGUUAAUUUAGUACGGACAGAUGCUUUACACGGAAUUCUCAGAUUCUGCAAUGUAAACAAGCAGCAAUUGUAAACAAAUUUAUUGUUUUAAAAUUUAGUGAAGCAAUGAUUGUUAACUUUGUUAUAGUGAUCCUGCGGCUGACUUUAUUGGCAGACAUCAAUGCCGCAACUAAUGGCGUACGAUGUCGUGGCUAGAUUUGUUUUGCAUCUGUUAUAUAGCAGCACGGAUUAGCGCUGUUUUGGUAGGACCUUGCGGGGAGCCUUGCAAAUCAUUGCUACCUAGUGAUACGGUCGAAAUUAUCCAGCUGAAUGAUCAGUACAGCGCGCACUUCGCAUCACCCGGUUUCCCCAACCGGGAAGCUAAAUUUGUGGCGCGCUACUAUUCCGUGCAGAGUCAGCCGGACUUGAUGGGGCUACGUGGCUUGAGAUUUCGUAGCACACUUUUUGACGUGGGACAAACAAUCGGCACACAUCCAUAUUGCAGCGAGAGUGAUAGUGUGAUUAUAUUUGACGCACACUACUUGAAUAUAUUACCGCGGUUUGCCCUGGGGAUCUUUUGUGGAAACCAGACGCUGGACGUUGUUACGUAUAGUGCCAAUGCGGUGCUGCUUUAUCGGACCACCGGCAAGAGUCGGUCGCUGGGAUUCAACAUCACCGUAACCCGAGCGUGCGGACUGCGAAACUUUGAAUGCCCAUCGGAGAGGAGAAUGUGCAUAUCAUACAACCACAUUUGCGAUGGCGUUAAGGACUGCCCAUACGGCGAGGACGAAAUCUGCACUAUGAAAUGUGGAGUUCCACCAAUUCCUUCCAGCGAAGUAGAAGCACCGGUUCGCAUAGUCGGUGGCACCGAGUCUGAUCCCCACACUUGGCCGUGGCAAGCGCACGUCAGUGUAUGGUACUCUGGACGGGACAUCGGCAGUAAAAGCACUUGUGGCGGUACAGUGAUUGGUCCGCAAUGGAUCCUGACAGCGGCACACUGCUGCGCAGAAACAGAUAAAACGGCACGCCCACCGAUGCAUGUCUUGGAAGCGGAGGACAUGGAAGUGACCCUCGGCAUUCAUAACCUGGAUCAGAAAAACAAGGAGAACACGUAUCAAGUGAAGACCAUUCUCGUCCAUCCACGUUACAAUCCAAUGGAAAACUUUCAGUGCGACUACUGCCUACUUCUGUUGGACAGGACCAUCCAGUUCAGCAACAAGAUUCAGCCGAUCUGCCUGCCGCGCUAUCCCGAUCCGGUGCCGGGCGUUAAGUGCUAUGCCACCGGAUUUGGGAAAACCCAGCAGCGGAGUGCCAAAGAUGAGAGCAAAAAGGAUCCCACCAGUCGGGUGCCGUUACAGGUAGAUUUAGAUCUAAUGCAAACCCAGGACUGCUGCCAAAGAAAGGGAAGUAGCGGUGAGAGUAUGGAGUCACUCACUCCCGAUAUGGCGUGCGCAAAUAGUGGCAAUGUCAGCAACAAAGACACGUGCUCCGGUGACAGUGGCGGGCCACUGAGCUGUCGUGUACCAAAUUCCAUUCCACUACAGUGGCAAUUAUUCGGCGCCACUUCCUGGGGAUAUGGCUGCGCCAGCGGAACACCCGGUGUAUACGCCCGGGUCCGCACUGCCCUGGCUUUCGUGGCUGAUGUUCUGUAUGACUUUAAAAGAGAAGGCUGGUUCAGCGACACAACCGUGCCGGAAAUCAAUUGGGAAACUGUUCAGCAGCCGGCGGUCAGUGAAUAUGAGCUUAUUAUCAAGAAGACCAAAGAGAUCUACGUCAACCGCAGCGCACCUCAAGGACUACUCAUAAACUUGCUUACUUACGGUGUGGCAAUAUCAGUACUGAGUUUCUUUGCUAAUAACCACUGUUGAUAAAUGUGAAGUUUCGGUUAA